CUCUGAUGAAAACAGAGUGAUAUAACUCAAAAUCAGUGUGAUCCAAACAGGGUCUAAGUCUAUCCAAAGUCCAAACUCGGUCAAGCGUAUAGAAAGGAAUUUGCCUAGCUCAAAACGGCUCCUCUUUCUUUUCUUUUACACUUUCGCUCGAAGAGAACCUUGCGACUUUCCAAAGUGUUUUUUCGAAUUUUGGGGAGAAAUCUCCAGUCCCCAUUUUUCUGCUACGUUUUUUUCACUCAAAAUCAUCAGGCAGUGUCAUUUGUACCCACCCUAAAGAGUAAACGACGAAUACAUAACCCCACCUGCGAGAAUCCUGAAUGUAAUUCAAGAAAACUUCUAGUUCCCACUUUUGGUAAAUUAUGGUACCUGGCCAUAGGCGUACUGAAUCUGCAUCCAAUGACUUUGAUGAGUGUCGUUUCCAUGACCUCGAUGCCCAGACCUCAUACCAUGGUUUCUUUUCCAAACGUUGCCUUUAUUUGGAACGUGAUGUCACCUUGUCUGAACUCCAAUUCACUUGUAUUCCUCAUGUUUUUGAGUCUCGUUGAUGGAUUUCAUUGACCUCUGGUUUUCCUGCACCACCCACGAAUCUUGUACAUGAGUUUUACUCAAACAUCCAUGACAUAAAAGAGGAUGGUUCUUUUUCUGUCAGGGUUCGGAAUAUCAGCUUUGAGGUCACUCCUGAUUUAGUCUCCACAGUUUUAGGAAUUCCUCGAGUCCUGGAGUCUCCAUAUCCAUACACUGCUGAGACUGCACCAUCCCAAACAGACAUGUUGACUCUAUUCUGUGGAGAACAUACCAUUUGGCCUAUUGGGAUUUCCAAGGUUAAAUCUGCAUCAUUUAUCCCUGAAUAUCAGUGGCUGAACCGUAUCAUGUGCACCAACCUCUUUCCUAUUGCUCACUUGCAUACACUCAACGUACCUAGGGCUCAAUUGUUGUAUGCCCUCAUCACUGAUGUACCCAUUGACAUUUGUAGACAUAUUUGUCAAGCGAUCAUUGAUGCCUUCGAGUCUAACUCGUCGCGUACUGUACUCCCCUUACCUUGCAUCAUUACUCAGCUCAUUGAAGCCCAAAAGGUUUCUAUUUGUGCUCAAGAUGUGCGGGAAAAACCCUUAUCUGCCUUUGGGAGUCGUACACUUCACCUCAGCUCAUCUCAUAUGAAACGUGCAAGGGACAGUGAUUUUGAUUCCGAUGAUGACUUGGAUCGAGAAAUUGAUGAGAUUGCUAAUGCUGUUCCUGCUGAGUCUGGACCAUCUACUUCUGGUGCUCAGGCUGCUCAUGCAAAGCCCUUAUCUAAAUGUGCAAGGCAAUCUUUUUCUGAUUCCGAUGAUGACUUAAAUCGAGAGAUUGAUGUGAUUGCUGAUGUUGUUGCUGCUGAGUCCAAACUGUCUGCACCUGGUGCUCAGGCUGCUCUGGCAAAGCCCUUAUCUGUGACUGGGAGUAAUACAGUUCAGCUCAGUUCAUCUCAUGUAAAACUUUCAAACCACAUUGUCUAUGAUUCCAAUGAUGACUUAGAUCGAGAUAUUGAUGAGAUUGCUGAUGCUGUGGCUGCUGAGUCUAGACCGUCUACUUCCAGUGCCGCGCAACCUACGUUAUCUAAUAUGAUGAAUCUCUUGCAUCAGAUUCUACCUCGCCUGAAUCGUGUUGAACAAGAUAUUAGAGAGAUUAAGGAGUGUCUGGCUAGAGCUCACUGAGACAUCCCUUUCUCAUUUUGUAACAAAAAGGGUAGUAGGUUUGGCUUUUAGGUUUCUGUGGAGUUAGGAGGUUGAUAAUUUAGUGAUGAACUAGUGUUCUUUGUGAACUUGCUGGUUUUUGUACCUUGUGAACUUUGAUGUUUAGUUACAACAGUCUGUUUUUGUACUUAAAACAGACUGUACCUUAUACUUCUUGCUUCCUGUAGGUACUUAUUAUUGUAAAUACACAUAUCAAAUUUUGUCCGUA